AUGACGAACCUACGACCGACUGCCACUUGUCGGCUAAAACAGGACUACAUGCGAUUGAAACGGGAUCCAGUACCAUACAUAACUGCCGAACCGCUGCCCUCGAACAUUCUCGAAUGGCACUAUGUCAUUAAAGGACCGGAAGAUUCGCCCUACUACGGUGGUUACUACCAUGGGACGCUUUUGUUCACCAAGGAAUUUCCCUUCAAACCCCCCUCGAUUUACAUGACCACACCGAACGGACGCUUUAAGAUAAACAAACGACUCUGCCUCAGUAUAUCGGACUUUCAUCCCGACACCUGGAACCCGGCUUGGUCGGUGGCGACCAUCCUGACCGGGUUACUGAGCUUCAUGCUUGAGGCGACACCUACGAUGGGCUCGUGUGAGACGACGAUACACGAGAAACGACGCUACGCUCAGCAGUCAUUAGAGUUUAAUAUGAAAAAUGAAGUGUUUCAAGAGCUGUUCCCCGAGAUUUGCGAGGAGAUUAGCGAACGGUUGCAAAAGAUAGAAGAACAACGGAAACUAGCGGCUAGCACGGAUGGUAUUCCGAACGGUACCGACAGUUCAGCUAGGACAGGAGACGCAACGGAUGGUUUGCUGGGCCGUACCGGAACCGAAGACAGUAACAUUUGGCAUUCGCUUUACACCAACUUGAUCGUGCUUGUUGGGUUCGUCGUAUUUGCACUUAUAGUGCACUACGUGAUCAAGAGUAUGAAUAUUUAAUAACGAUCAGCGUAAAAAAACGGAUCGAAGGAGUACCUGGGCGCGGAUGCAUUGCUCGUUCGACAGGAGCUGCUCUGUCGCUCGCGUCUUAGGGCAAAAAUACGUUGCGCUUAUCGUAGGCACCCAUUCUAACUAACCUCCUUUAAAAAAUUGAUCCUCCAAGAGGAUUUUGUAGUUUAAACACUCUAAUCAUAAAAUAAAUGGUAUAACAUAUUAAUGCCCAAAAUCAAAGGAAAGCAGCAACGUGGGUGAGAAAUUGGGGGGUUACGCUUCCGUAUCUCAUUUCCACCAAAUAUACCAAAAUCGUUUUCGUAGAAGCAACAUUACAAGCUUAUGAAAACAAAUCGAAAAGCAUAUGCAAAAACCAUGCUAAUACAUUCACAAAACAAACGACGCGCGACGAAAGUUUAUCCAAAGUGAACUCCUAGUAUAUCGGACAAGUGUACAACAGGGUAGUGGGUUGAAGAAAAACAAAAACAACAAGCCUAAACGAAUAUUGCUGAUAAAUGAAACAAUUGUCUUUGUAAUAUACACAUAAUUUUACCAUUUCCAUGUUAUUCGAUGCCAUUCGUUGCCUCUAGCCGAGCAUCAUCGCGAUGGAUAGAAUUUGUCAUAAUGGUUUUUUUCUGUAACUGUCUAUGGAUGUACAUUUUAAUGCAAUCUAACGUUACAGGAAUAGGACGCAAUUGUAACUAAAGUAAAUGCUACCCAGUGGCCGGUUUUCGGCGCGGCUGUGCUCAUUAUAAAGAAACAAAAACAAGCUCUAAAUGUCGGUUCAGCAAUCGGUCACGCGGAUGCCGAUUAGGUGUGGAAGUUUGUACGAUCUGAAACAGUAAAGUAGCAACCAUUCGUUGCGAAAUCAUAGUUACAUCAUAACAUUUGUCAAACAUACGCUUUGGACUCCAGUAAAAGUGUAUAAGCCUACAUAAAUGGUGGUGCAAAUUAAGCAGCAAAGCAAACGCUAACAAAAGAGGGAUAAAACCCCAACCAAAUGGUCGUUAAAAUUCUAACAAGCAUGGAUAUGGCAGGAUUUAGGUGCACGGUCAGCUGAAAAGGAUGAACGUAAACGUAUCUGUUUGAACGCGAUGUUGCAAUUAGGACUUAUGCGUUUGAAGGAUACGGUGUAAAAGGGACUCCUAAAACCCGACAAACAGGUGGUGGAAAAUAUGUACUUUUCGUCACUAUACAGUAUUUAUUUUGGACCGGAAAUAAAACGAUGCAA